CGCACUGUUCACCGUCAUGGUCCUGGCCCUCGUGGUCGCCUUCGCCGCCGCCGGUGGAUUCGGCGGAGGUGGAUUUGGUGGACGCUUUGGUGGAUUUGGCGGUGGAAAAUUCGGUGGAUUCAGUGGCGGAGGAUUCGGUGGAUUUGGAGGUGGACACAGAGGCUUCGGCGGAGGUUUCGGAGGAUUCAGAGGCGGACACGGAGGAUUCGGAGGCGGAUUUGGAGGAUUCGGAGGCGGAUUUGGAGGAUAUGGCAGGUAAUCAAGGACCCGUACUACGAUUUUCAUUUUUAAUAUUCGAUAAUAAAACUGCUAUGAAAAGCAUAUCUUUUACUCUUUAAAUACUUUUCCCUACAACAUUUACAACACUAAACUUUAAUAUCCUCGCAGAAGGAAUAAAUUCGUUGUUAUCUUC